CCUACAUAAACCUCAGUACAGGACUCAGCACACGAAAAGGCUUUCCAAGACCACACGUUUCCUUAAUACAAGCAUGGAUGCAAUAUAGGAUUUGGCAAUAUCCUCAAGGGUUUCCUUUGCGAAACAGAUCGAGUAUGACAAGUGCCCCCAUACGUUCCAUCUCCAGUCUCCCUCCUCCACGUACCGCACAUUCAGCCUUACGGGGCUGCGCAGCAUACGCAGGUCUCUUUGCCGGGGAAAGAGUUGGGCGGAAUGAUGCACCAUUUCUGGAGAGCACAGAGAUAUCAGCUUCCUCAUGUUUCAUUUGUGCUCUUCAGUUAGCAAUAGCAAGGGCGACUUACUGGCGCAUCUGCGGGGCACGGGGGUGGGGGAGAGGUGUCGCAAACGCUUGCGGCUGCGGGGAGAGCGGCAGCACUGACGAAGAUGGGGGCAAGAGCCGCAAGGAAGAGAGAGACUACCCGCAUUUUGACUGAUUUU